UUACUUUGUAUCUCACAGGAAGAGCCCAAGAGCAAAUCCAAGGUGUGCGCCAAUGUGUUCUGUGGAGCCGGGCGGGAAUGUGCAGUGACGGAGAAGGGAGAGCCCACCUGCCUCUGCAUUGAGCAAUGCAAAGCUCACAAGCGGCCUGUGUGCGGCAGCAAUGGCAAGACUUACCUGAACCACUGUGAAUUACACCGUGACGCCUGCCUCACUGGCUCCAAGAUCCAGGUGGACUAUGAUGGCCAUUGUAAAGAGAAGAAGGCCGAGAAUCCAGCUGCAAGCCCAGUUGUCUGCUACCAAUCCGACCGGGAUGAGCUUCGACGUCGCGUUAUCCAGUGGCUGGAGGCAGAGAUCAUCCCUGAUGGCUGGUUCUCUAAGGGCAGCAACUACAGUGAAGUCCUGGACAAAUACUUCAAGAGUUUUGAUGAUGGUGACUCUCGCCUGGACUCCAGUGAGUUCCUGAAGUUUGUGGAGCAGAAUGAAACAGCCAUCAACAUCACCACAUACAUGGACCAGGAGACCAACAAGCUACUCAGGGGACUCUGUGUGGAUGCCCUCAUUGAGCUGUCCGAUGAAAAUGCUGACUGGAAACUCAGCUUCAAUGAGUUCCUCAAGUGCCUCAGCCCAUCCUUCAACCCGCCGGAGAAAAAAUGCGCCCUUGAAGAUGAAACCUAUGAGGAUGGAGCAGAGACCCAAGUGGAGUGUAACAGCUGUGUUUGUGCCUGUGGCAAUUGGGUGUGCACUGCCAUGACCUGUGAUGGAAAGAAUGGGAAAGUGUCUCCUCAGGGGCAGCAGCGCCAUGAAGACCUGACUGAGGAGGAGCUGGCCAGAUACGUUCACGAGCUGCAGAAGCACCAGGAGACAGCUGAGAAGACCAAGCGAAUGAGCACCAAAGAGAUGUAAGGGGACUCUGUGCUAGAGGAGCCUGGGGGGCUGGGCCUGACCUGCUGCCCUGUCCCUCCAUGCCAACCUCAGUAUGCACAAGUGUCUGCUACCAUUGCCCAAUCACAGAUAUUUACAUUGUAUAGCAUUGGGAUUUUUGUUUUGUAAUGCAGUGGGGGAGGGGAGUGCCGCCCACACAUUCAGGGAGUGUUCACUGCUGGGGGGUAGCAAGGCCAGGAGGAAGUUAUCACAGCCCCUAUGAUCUCCCUUGUGGAGGGGAUCUAUGGAUCUGUGUAGACAAUGGCCAUGGAGGGCAGUCAGUGUAGGUUCUAUGCUAAGA